CUCUUUUUUUAAAAAUCCGCUGCAUCGGAUCACCAGCGUGCCCACCAUGUCAGACGCGGCGGUGGACACCAGCUCCGAGAUCACCACCAAGGACUUAAAGGAGAAGAAGGAAGUUGUGGAGGAGGCAGGGAAUGGAAGAGACGCACCUGCUAAUGGGAACGCUAAUGAGGAAAAUGGGGAGCAGGAGGCUGACAAUGAGGUAGAUGAAGAAGAGGAAGAAGGAGGGGAGGAGGAGGAGGAGGAGGAGGAAGGUGAUGGUGAGGGAGAGGAUGGAGAUGAAGAUGAGGAGGCUGAAGCAGCUACGGGCAAACGGGCAGCUGAAGAUGAUGAGGAUGACGAUGUUGACACCAAGAAGCAGAAGACUGAUGAGGAUGACUAGACAGCAAAAAAAGA